AGAAAAAAAGUAAAUAUCAAAACAAAAUGGGUUUACACGAAAAGUUGCGUAAAUUUAAACGUAGCAGUCCCAGCCCCAAUGGCAUUGAAAUGCAAAGACGUCGUUCUAGCCAAAAUCUGGUUGUACCACCGGGUCAAGUGACCGAACAAUCGUUGCAGGUAUGGCGUGCUCUGCCACCGCAAAUUCGACAUGAUCCCAGUAUGGUUUCCUUUCAAAUGGAAAACGAACGGCUACGAGAUUUUUUGCUACUUAACAAACCCACCGGUGAUUUUAAACUCACAAUUGCAGGACAUUUCAAUGAAUCCAUUUACAAUUCAAAUGAAACGGAAAAUAUUUUAACAAUCCAACCUCAAAUAUCGUAUUUCAAUAGUGAAACGAACUUAAGCGAUUUUAAGGACAUAUUACACCCAUGGUUUAUACCAUUAGUCAACGAAGACUUGUUCGAUUAUGCUCCUGUGGUUUCACGUAAUUUAACCUUUAAAUUACCUGAUGAUUUGCUAGACGAAAUUGGAGAGGACGACACCCAAGUACGCCUGCAGAUGACUAGCAAUAUUGAAAAGGAUAUAGCCAUCAAAAUGACAUACAAUCCUUUGAUAAUAAAUGUAAAGACGGGAACAUUGCUGGCAGCCGCCAUUCUUUUGUUAUUCUAUUCGCUGCUGGUGUGGGAGGUCUUUGAACGUACCUUUGUGGCCAUUGUUUGUUCCACCUUAUCCAUUGCUGUGUUGGCCUGUUUCAAUGACCGACCCAAUAUGGAAGAAGUUGUUAAAUAUAUGGAUAUGGAGUUACUUACACUACUCUUCUGCAUGAUGAUUUUAGUUGGUAUCCUGACAGAGACAGGUGUAUUCGAUUAUAUUGCAGUGGUGGCAUUUGAGAUAUCCCAAGGCAAAGUAUGGCCCAUGAUUUACAGUCUGUGUCUAAUGACUUGCUUUGUUUCGAGUUUUUUGGAUAAUAUGACCACGGUGAUUCUAUUGACUCCCGUCGCCAUACGUCUGUGUGAAGUAAUGAGUUUGGAUCCAGUGCCAGUGCUAUUGGGUAUUAUUGUGCAUGCAAAUAUUGGUGGUUCAUUGACUCCCAUUGGUGAUCCCAUUAGUAUUAUUAUAUGCUCUAAUAAUUUCAUAGCAUCAAAUGGUGUAACAUUUAUGAAAUUCGUUGAACACACCAUACCCGGUGUCAUCUUAACCGUCCUUCAAAGCUGCAUUUAUUUACGUUUGAUAUUCCGCAACAUUGAUUCGUUGCGUCUGAAUGAACCGAAGGAAAUUAAGGAUUUACGUCGUGAAAUUCGUGUUUGGCAUAAGGCGGCGAAAUCGAUUUCUUCAUUUUCAAAGGAUGCCGAUGUGGUGCGUGAAACAUUGCUGAAGAAAGUUCGCAUUUUGAAACAUCAACUCAAACGGAAAUUAGAUGGUUUGGAUACAACUGAAGCUUAUGUCCAUACAUUAGAAGAUUUGAAAAUUAAGUAUCCCAUUAAAAAUAAACUGUUGCUGGCUCAAGCAUGCUGCGCCUUGGUAUUUGUCAUCAUAUGUUUCUUCAUACAAUCGGUACCACAAUGGCGUACUCUACCCUUGGGAUGGGUGGCACUAUUGGGAGUAAUUGCUCUGCUGAUUAUUCUAAAUCGUGAGGAUAUGGAACAUUUAAUGCAUCGCAUCGAAUGGACGACGUUACUAUUCUUUGCCGCCAUGUUUGUAAUGAUGGAAUGUGUCGAACGUUUGGGUCUGUUCGCAUGGAUUGGUGAGGUUACCGAACAUGUCAUCUUGUAUGUGGACAAAAAGAAUCGUUUGGCCAUGGCAAUAUUUAUCAUUUUAUGGAUGUCGGCAUUGGCAUCGGCAAUUCUGGAGAGUAUACCGGUAACGGCAAUGAUGGUUAAAGUUGUCGUAUCAUUGGUGGCUAAGGAAACAUUGGGGUUGCCGUUGGAACCGUUGGUGUGGGCAUUGGCCUUUGGUCCAUGCUUGGGCGGCAACGGCACUCUCUAUGGAGCCUCAGCCAAUGUAUUGUCCGCUGGCAUUGCCGAGCAACAUGGCUAUAAAAUUUCAUUUACCAGAUAUUUGAAAAUUGUCUUCCCCAUGAUGUUGGGUCAAAUUUCAAUUAUCACCGGUUACUUAUUUGUCUCGCAUAUCUUAUUCGAGUGGCAUUAAA